AUAAUAAGUAGACUUCAGGAACUGCAGCAGGAGUUGAACGAGUUAAAUGCUCAUAUAGUUGUCAACCAAUCAAUGGAUGAACCUGUAUUUGGUGAUCCUUCAGAACCAAUGUCACCGGAACAAAAUGAUAAAGGUCCCAUUAAUACACGUGUCAUAGCAUUAGAGCGCCAACUAGCGAUUGAAAUGAAGGUGAAAGCGGGUGCGGAGAACAUGCUUCAGAUGUACUCAUCUGGUUCCGGUAAAGACCGUAAGAUGCUGGCUGAGGCCCAGCAGAUGUUGCAAGAUAGCAAGACAAAGAUAGAAUUCAUUCGUAUGCAAUUACUUAAAGCAAACCAAUCUCAGACUCCUUCAGGGAACACGAAUGGUGAAAGACGAGAAAGUAUAAAGCGGCCUUCAGCUACAGAUAUCUUGUUGAACCCAGUAGAAUUUAGAAUAGAAGAAUUACGCCAUCAUCUACGAAUAGAAACAGCGAUAUCUGAUGGAUUCAAGAAUGUUAUGAAGACCCUAGGAAGCUUGAAGACUUCAGACAGAAAAGGGUUGGCAGAAGCACAAAAGGGAGCACAAGAAUCAACACAUAAAUUGGAAAUUCUACGACUUUCACUAGAAGCUCGACUCAAGGAGCUACCUCCAGAUUCAGAGAACAUUAAUGUUAUUAAAGAGGAAUUAAAAACAGGCAGAUCACAGUCAUAUAAUACGUUGCCAAAGCCAGCGGCCCUAACUGGGAAACUUGAUGUACGUUUGAUGGGUUGCCAAGAUAUCUUAGAGUUCUUCCCGAAUCGAUCCAAGCACAAUACAUUCCCAUUUGGUACAAGUCCUGGAGAGACGAAAAGUCUUCUUAAGAGAAACAGCACCAAGUCAUACUCAUUGAAAGGGACAAGUGAAGAAUUUUCAAAUGAAAUAAGUUGUGUAUUAAAACUGGACAGUGUGCACUAUGGACAGACAAAUUUCAAGCCAAUUGGAAAUCAGUGCUGGGACACAAGGUUUCUGAUGGAUCUGGAGAAAGCUAGGGAGCUUGAGAUUUUGAUUUACUGGAAGGACUGGAGGCAGCUUUGUGCCCUAAAGUUCUUGCGGUUAGAGGACUUCUUGGACAACCAACGACAUGGAAUGUGUCUACAGUUAGAGCCCCAAGGCAUGCUUUUUGCAGAGGUUACAUUCCAUAAUCCAUCAAUAGAAAGGAAGACAAAGUUAACACGUCAAAAGAAACUCUUCAAACACAAGGGCAAGAAUUUCUUAAGACCCGGCCAGAUGAAUAUCAAUGUAGCAGCAUGGGGUCGACUAAUGAAGCGAGCCGUGCCAACCACCGCAGGAUGCACAUCGCCAACAACUUUCAGUCCGACUGAGGACCUGCAAUCUGGUACGGUGUUCUCAAAUAAGGAUAAGCCGCUGGUUAAGAAGCUCAGCUUCGAUGAAGAGGUACAACCACAGAAAGAGUCCCUUGUAAGUCCAGGCUCACCCAUCCCAGUGAAUUCUACAAGAAAAUCAGCUGACGUGGAGUAUCCAGAGUAUAACUCUAUCCUGGAUUCUCCCAUUUCCGACUCGUUUCUGCAGGAUGCACUCAAGGCUUUUGAUUUCCUAAAGGAUUCGAGCACAGAGCUUAUCGUCCAGCCCCCAGAACCAAAGACACGUGCUAAGCAGCUGAUGACGUCGACCCCGGCAAGACCUCAGCCAAUCCCCAAACAAGCUGGAACGUUGGAAUGUGCUUCAAUUGUGAUGUCUGAUUUCCGUUGCAUAAGUGUCCUAGGACGCGGACAUUUUGGGAAAGUGUUGUUGGCAGAGUACAAGAACACUGGUGAAAUGUUUGCUAUUAAAGCCUUAAAGAAAGGAGACAUUAUUGCCAGAGAUGAAGUUGAAAGUUUGCUAUGCGAGAAACGGAUCUUUGAGACGGCAAAUACCCAGAGGCAUCCAUUCCUGGUCAACCUGUUUGCGUGUUUCCAGACGGAGCAACAUGUUUGUUUUGUUAUGGAGUAUGCGUGCGGCGGCGAUCUUAUGAUGCACAUACACACCGACGUGUUCUCAGAACCACGCACAGUUUUCUAUUCUGCUUGUGUUAUCCUUGGCCUUCAGUUUCUACAUGAAAAUAAAAUAGUAUACAGGGAUUUGAAGUUAGACAAUCUUCUACUAGACGCUGAAGGUUUCUUAAAAAUAGCUGAUUUUGGCCUGUGUAAGGAGGACAUGGGUUACGGCGACAGGACCAGCACUUUCUGUGGCACACCAGAGUUCUUGGCCCCAGAGGUAUUGACAGAAACAUCAUAUACCAGAGCUGUUGACUGGUGGGGUCUUGGAGUCCUCAUUUAUGAAAUGCUGGUUGGAGAAUCUCCAUUUCCCGGUGAUGAUGAGGAGGAAGUAUUUGACAGCAUAGUGAAUGAUGACGUACGCUAUCCUAGGUUCUUAUCAAGUGAAGCAAUGGCAAUUAUGAAAAGGCUACUAAGGCGCAAUCCAGAGAGACGACUAGGAGCUGGGCCACGAGAUGCUGAAGACAUUAAGAAGCAGUUGUUUUAUAGGAAUAUGAAGUGGGAGGAUCUGUACUACAGACGUUUGGUACCUCCAUUUGUUCCCACUGUUCGGUCAUCUGAGGAUGUUAGCAAUUUUGAUGAAGAAUUCACCUCAGAAAUGCCAAUCCUUACACCUCCAAAAGAUGCACGGCCUGUCAGCAACGAGGAGCAAAACAUCUUUAAGGAUUUCAACUAUAUGGCAGACUGGUGUUGAACAGUAUUGGCUACCAGUAACUCAUUAUUUGAAGUGAAAGAAAUUAAAUAGCGGCAUUAAUUGAAUAAUGAGGUCAGGCCACCAUUGAUCGGUCUAUUAGUACCUACAGUAGCAAAAACAGUGUUUAUGCCUGCCUCCUUGAGGUGAGAAACACAGUACUAUUACUAAACAAGUUCUCUUGAAGCAGGAAACAUGCCUACUCUCUAAUGAUGAGAAACUGAAUUCUUUGCCUAUUGGAGGAUUAGGGAAGGUGAAAGAUUGUAUGCCUGGUCUCUAUAGACCACUUUGGUUGAUGAGAGUUGGGAACCUAAAUUUGAAAAUAUUAAACAUGGAAACAACAGCAUAUGAACAUUCUUGAUGCUUUGAAAUGACUUGUUUGUGCCUGGUGAAGGUUGUGAAUAAUAAUCUGUUAUUCAGUGAUGAAUAAUAAUAAUAUUAUUGACUUUGAAAAUUGAAAAAUUGCAAGGUAAUAUUUUUUGUCGCGUGUACAACAAAGUAAAGACUUUCAUUAUUUAGUGUUAGCAUGACAUAAUU